UCACUGUAGUGACAUUGAGCUCCCUAUUGGAAGAAACCACAAUACCUGAUUUACUUCAAAUGCAAGGUUGAAUAAAUCUUAGUUAAUGUAAUAGCUGCUUUAGUGAAAAGGCGGGAAUGCGGGAAAGAUUCAGUGAUGACAAAGAUGUGAUUCGUAUUUAAGUAUUUCCGAUGGAGACAGAUCAGGUUGAUGCGUUGGGCUGAAUUUGUAACUGUAAUUGCCAAUUGCCAAAUGUUGUGAAGAUUGCAAGAAUUGCACCUUUAAAAUGGGAGAUACAAGAAGAAAGAAAGUUAACGUAACAUACAUUAGUGAUAGUGACGUCGCGAAUAUAUUUGUUUCUUUAGAUGGUGAAGGGCUGUAUGAUUCACAAAAGGGCAGAGUGAAGAGGAAAGCAGACACUUUGAAAUGUGAGCAAGAAGAUAUAGAAUUGCCAGAUUUGGCUGUACAAAGCAAACCAUCAAAUCUGUUUGAAAGUGGAGACGUGACUGGGCAGCAAAUCUUUGGUUUCUGCACUCCAAAGCGCCACGGUGCAUUGGCAAGCAGGGCACUGGACUCUGGCAGCAAAACACCAAAAACUCCUCAAAGGAUCAAGACACCUAUGCAAGUUACUCCAUCUUCUCGCAGAGGAAAACCACCAAAAACCUGUACAGGGGCAUCUCCACUGAGUCACAAAUUAUUAGAUCUUAAGGCUUCUCCACGACAGUCACUUUCUCAGAAAGUGUCAAGACAGGUUAAUGAAACUCCAAAAGCAGUGAAGAAGCUGCAGUAUUUAAGUGAUGAAGUGAGAGGGAAAGACAAUGCUCUGUGCCCACAGACCCCGUACAAUCUUCGUAGAAGAUUCAAGAAAAAGAUUGCAAUUGCUGCUUCUGAAGAGCAGUAUUCAUCUGAUGAGAGGGAAGCAGAAGAUUUUUCAGGAGAUGAGAGCGACUGGGCCAGUAAAUCAGAAGACUCUCUUACCAAUUCGAGCAGUGAAGAUGAAGAAUGUGAUGGUGUACAGAAUGUGAUUUUAACAAAAAAGGGUGCUGGUUUUGGCCCAAGUAAUUGCAAAAACUUCAAACUCAAUUUUAUGCCAGCAACAGAACAGUAUUUUCAAUCCCAUGCAUCAAGAAAAAUCCAUACUUCUAAUCGUACGUUAGGCAAACUACGCCACAAUCUUCCUCAAGAGAAGCUGCAAAAAUUAUUAUCUGAAACUACAUCUUCACAUACAAAACAUCUUGAAAAGCUGCAAAAUAAUGCUAUUUUUCUCUUUUCAAAGUGGCAGUUCAUGUUAAGGGAAGGUUUCAACAUUUUGUUGUAUGGUGUAGGCUCAAAGCAUAAUUUGUUGAAUACUUUUCAUCAACAAAUCACCGAACCUUCUGUUGUGGUCAAUGGAUUUUUCCCCAGUCUCACUGUCCAGGAGCGUCACAGUUCACGGUUGUUCCUGGUUAUACACAAUAUUGAUGGAGUGAUGCUUCGGAAUGACAAAUGUCAAGAAGUUUUAGCUUCUUUAUCAAGUACCCCUAAUAUUCAUCUUAUUGCAUCAAUUGAUCAUAUAAGUGCCCCUUUAAUGUGGGACCAGAAUGUUCUAAGUUUGUUCAAUUUCUCUUGGUGGGAUACCACUACCUUCCAACCAUAUGUCAAUGAGACUGCAUUUGAAAGUUCUUUGCUGGUACAGCAGUCAGGUCAUUUGGCUUUAUCAUCACUUCAGAAUGUGUUCAGAUCAUUGACAAAUAAUGCUAAAAAGAUUUUUCUCUUGAUGGCUGAAUAUCAAAAGGAACACAAAGAUGAAUCACAUUACAGUGGAAUGCCAUUUAAGAAGUUGUACACAAUGUGUCGCGAAUCUUUACUGGUGAGCUCUGACCUUGCUUUGCGAUCACAGCUGACUGAAUUUUUGGAUCAUAGACUAGUGAAGUCACGUCGUGGUCAUGAUGGCUCAGAACUCCUUUCCAUUCCAAUUGAUAUGAGUAUUUUGGAUCAGUUCAUAAACCAGCAAGAAUUUUUUAUUUUUACAAUUAAAAUAAUAGGAAUUAAUAAUUUAAUA